AUGGCAAAUGCUAUAUUUUCCAGAAACUUAGACAAACUCAAAGGUGAUGAAGGGUCUGAAGUUGGAAACCCUCCUCUUAUAAAGACCUUUAACAAUGUUUUACGAAGAGGGUUUCAUGUACUUCCCAAAGGAAAUGUUCCACCUUCUGCCAGUUCAGGUACUUCACCACCUUCAACCAACCAUGUUUCUGACAUGAAAACAUCUAAAACACAUCAACGUGUUGCAGAAGGUGAUCAAAGUGUACGGUUUCAUCAGCUUCCCAAAGGAUCUGUUCCACCAGAAGGAAAUUCACAUCAUUCACAUGAAACUCCAAAACCUCCUUCUCCUUCACCUCAAUCUAACGCCUUUCCCCACUCCAUCUUUAAGAAGUUGUAUUUUGUUAAAUAA